CCGUGCUGGGAUUUCAACUGCGAUAAUAAUUUACAUUUGGGGUUGUUCAGUAUAUAAACCGGUCAACAUGCCAGAGCGCGAAGUGCUUCUGCGUUAUUUCUAACAGCUGAAGUGAGGGCAGAUGGCCUUUAGGAGCACAGGCUGACGCUCCAGUGGAGAAAUUGUGACUUUAUAAAAAGUUCGCCGGCCGUUCACUCGCGGCGCAGAUCGACUGGACGUCCCUUCCUCACACCAGCCGACGUCCACGACUGCUCUAAGUUUCUCCUCCGCGGAGACAUAUGACCGGAGUCUCAGUGGGUAGGCGUUGUCUCGCUUGGAAAGUGUUGUUUUAUUUGUUCUCUGGGCAACAAGCGCACCGCUUCAAACUCCUCGGGGCGCGAGCUGAAGAUGGCCUUUCGCUCGAGCUUUUCUGUUUUCCAAGAAACGUCAAACUCUUUUUUGACGAAUGAGCGGGAUCGGCUGGACACCGCGGACACCUGUGCGUGCUCGACGACUGCAGAGCUCAGCAAGGCAGUGAUCGUGUCCUUGGGCUUGGAUACGGUGUCUUCUCCGCUCAGCGGCAUGAACCAGUGCUCCUCCGGCGGCGCGCACGCAGACUUCGACCAAGCUGUGGAGGACAGCUCCCGGGGAGUGCCGGAGUUCGGAGCGGCUCGAAAUAUGAACCCAGAAGGCGUAGGGCUUCUGCUGAAUGACACUAGCCUGAGGGAGGACGACUUUGGAGAGGUGUGCCACGGCAUGCAGCAGGUGAGCUGCAUGGAUCUGCUCAGAUCGGGCGAAAUGGACAGCGCGCAAAGCGUGACGCGCGGCCCGGUGAUAUCCAGACAUGUCGGCAGGGACAUGAAGACAUUGUUUAUUAACCCGGUGGCAGAGCCGCCCGCGCCCUCUCAAGUGGACGAGAUCUAUGUCACACACUCCGCCAGUCCAAACCCAUACCGAGAUGCCCCCGGUGUGUGGCGCGCAUACAGCGGGCAGUCCGAGCCAGAGACAGGCGGACGCACUUUGUUGUGUCAAUAUUGUAAUUGUGAUCAAGCCUCUCGCGGAUCCAGGCAGCAGUGCCGCUGUGUCUGGUACAGCAAGGGCGAGCAGGGUCGGAGAGGUGACAAGCGAGCAGCGAUGGCACAAGGUUACGGUCAGGUGGAAAGUUACCAAAGUGCCGUUCCUCAAGGACAUGCCACUUUCUCCACUGUCAAGACCGAAGCUUCCGUUUGGGCGGAUUGCACGGGUCGCAGUUUCAGGCAUGAGGAUCUGUUUCCUGGUGUGUACCUCUCAGACAGGAGAGUGUGUCAGGUGUGCGGUGACGAUGCCUCAGGUUGUCACUAUGGAGCAGUCACCUGUGGCAGCUGCAAAGUGUUCUUCAAGAGGGCCGCUGCAGGUAAGCAGAACCACCUGUGUGCCAGCCGGAACGACUGCACCAUCGACAAACUGAGGCGGAAAAACUGCGCCUCGUGUCGUUUAAAGAGAUGCUUCAUGUCGGGAAUGAGCCUUAAAGGUCGCAGGCUGAAGGGGGCCGGACAGACGAGGAAUGGCGAGGAGGAGCAACCUCCAGCUUCCUGGGGGCACAGAGUGCGAGGAGAGAGGGCCGGGUUGAAAGAUGUCAUGUUGGAGCCCGGAAGUGCAGUUGCCAGGGCUCAUUCAGCGUCCCAGGCCCUGGCUCUAGGCAUCCCCCCGACCCUGCGCUCCUGCCUCUCCCUGCUCAGUGUCUUGCAGACCAUUGAGCCGGCUGUGGUCAAUGCCGGACAUGACCAUGCCCAGCCAGACAGCCCUGCGUCCUUGCUCACCAGCCUCAAUGAGCUAGGGGAACGACAGCUGGUAACUGUGGUACGCUGGGCCAAGGCAAUACCAGGUUUCCGCGACCUGCAUGUGGAUGAUCAGAUGUCAGUGAUUCAGUUGUCGUGGAUGGGGGUGAUGGUGUUUGCUCUGGGCUGGAGGUCAUACACACUUACCAACAGCUCCAUGCUCUACUUUGCCCCAGACCUCGUCUUUAACGACGAGCGGAUGCAGGUGUCCAGCAUGUAUGAACACUGUGUGAGGAUGAAGCUGCUCUCCCAAAGGUUCUGCAUGCUGAAGGUCACCCAGGAGGAGUUCCUCUGCAUGAAGGCCCUGGUCCUCUUCAGCAUCAUGCCGGUGGAGGGCCUGAAGAGCCAGCGUUGUUUUGAUGAACUGCGGACCUCCUACAUCAAGGAGCUGGACCGCUUGGCCAGCCACCGCGGGGAGACCACCCGUACACAGAGACUGUUUCAGCUCACUCAGCUGCUGGACUACCUCCAGUCGAUUGUGAGGAAGCUGCACCAGUUCACCUACGAUCUGUUCAUCCAAGCUCAGUCCCUGCAGACGCGCGUCAACUUCCCGGAGAUGAUCUCUGAGAUUGUGAGCGUUCAUGUGCCUAAGAUCCUUUCAGGCAUGGUCAAGCCCAUCCUUUUCCACAAUACAGCCUAGAGAGGAGAUUCUGUGAUUGUCCUACAUGUCAGUUGAGCUCAGUCCUUCCAGCCAGUUCUGGUGAAGCUUAAAACGACUAGACCUGGUUUAUGAUUUUAUGAGGUGAAAGGAGUACAAGCUCCCUUUUUACCUAUAGGGUGAGAGUGGGGCGCUGUGAGGCUGUGACACUAACAGAAGGGCAUACAGCACAUUGUUUAUUCUUGUAAUUACAUCCGUACUACCUGUAUCAUGCACAUCCGCUGUUUCUGGAGCUGAUUCAAACACCCUUUAGCAUGUAUUCCUCCACAUGAACUCACAAAUGGCCAACCACCUGUCACCUAGACCUCCUCACAUUGAUAACAUGACAGCAUUGCGAGAGGUAAGAUAGUAAUGAGAAAAACACACAUGCAGAGCUCACAUCACCACAGCUUGUGUGCGUGUAGCAGUGUGACAUUUGGACUAGCUUCUCCCACAAUGAAUGUUAUUGUGUGCACCUGAGAUGAGCAGAGUUGCUGAUUGACAGUUAAUAAACGGUUAUGGCAUGCAUGCUAAGAAGCAAAGCUGCCUCGCCUGAAGGCAUAGAAAAACAUUUCUUUUGCUGUUUUUUUUGGCUGUUCUCAUCCAUAGAAAUAAUGGUCGACUAAUAGUUUCAGGUGUCGAGAAAAUUAACACAAUUUUAAAAUGCGAGGGUUUGCAAAUUUAGAAUGAAUAUUUAUGAAGAAUGUGAUGUCAAAAGGGCACACCAGAAGCAACGAGGAGAAAAUAAUCGCACACAAUGCACAAACUACUGGAAUGACUCAUUAGUCGAGUAACACUAUGGGUGGCUUGUUUUUUUUUUUAAUGUUUGCUUGUUUUUGAGUGUCAGACAUUAUCCAAGUACGAUUUUCCCACAGCGGACAUUUCAUACAGUUGUAACUUUUCUACUGUUUCUUAAAGUGUUUCCUAAAGUGGUUGUUGUGCUUCAUCAUGUGUUCAUUGUAGCUUCUGCCGUUUUUGCUAAACACGUCCAGCCAAGAAUCUGCUCAUUUGU